AUGGCAGAUAAAGGCCCACCCUUUAGGGGGUCUGGGAUAGCAACCGUGGGGGGUGAGGCGCCGGUUGAGCAAUGCCCUCAAGAGAAGUUCUGUGUGGAAGAGGACUCACCUCUGUGUGACUCCAUAAUGUGGAAGAUGCUAGACAAUUACUACAAGCAAGUGGCUAUCGAGGCCUGGGCCCACGAUUACGUGCCUUCAUUUGUUACGAGCAACAGCCGCCUGUGUAGAUCCUAUGCAAAAAUAAUCAUUAACUUCCUCCAGGACUGGUUCCGACGACCAGAAGCAGACCCAACACAACCAGUUACCAUUCUAGAGAUAGGUGGGGGCCACGGGCGCUUCACCUUCUUGUUACUGAGGGCUCUACAGCGAUACAAGAGGCUCUUCGCAAGUCUGGGACUUCCUGAGCGCCCCUUCCUCGUUGUGUUUUCGGAUGUAGCUGAGGCAAACGUGGACUUUUGCUCAAAACAUCCAGCUCUUAAGACAUUCGUAGAAAUGCAGUGGCUAGACUUUGCGAUCUUCGACGGUAAUAAGGACAGAGAAGUUCACUUGGUCGUGAGAAACGAACCACUCACUAAUGGCGCGGCCCCCGUUGUGGCCAUUUGCAACUACGUGCUGGACUCUCUGUUGACAGACUCCUGGAGGAUAACACCAGGCGCCUGCACCCAUGAGUUUGAACGUUCCCUUGUUUCCAUUUACUCACCGUCAGAGGAACAGCAACUCGAUGCUCCAGACAUAAUGCUACGGAUGACUUUGGGUUGGAAGUGGAAAGGGGUAAAUUUGGAUGCUGCCUGUGACCCUUCAAACCCGGAAAAAAUUGAUUACCUGCAUAAAGACCCAACUAUCAAGGAGGUUUUGCUGCGCUAUCGCCAGCUGAACAAGCAGCUUUCCUUUGUGCUGCCGAUUGGCGCCUUCGCCCUCUUUCGCAACUUGAGCCACAUUGGAGGUGGCCGUCUAUUCUGCUUAGUUGGAGAUAAGGGCUAUCCAACGGCAGACGAAUUCGUGGGACCCAGGGAUCCACAUAUUGCCAUACAUGGCUCCAUUUCAUUUAUGCUCAAUCUGCACGCUGUUCGGAUCUUCUUUGAGUGCAUGGGAGGUUUUUCUCAUGCGACGCCGUACAGAGAUACAUUUCAAGUUACGGGCCUCUGGCUCUGCGGCACGGAACACGAAAUGGGGAGAAGCGUAGCGGCGUUUCUUGAGGAUGUGGAAGACCUUGCACCUGAUGCACUCAUCAACUGGCAAAGGGCAGCGCAAGAAACAGUCGCUGCGGGGGGAGGGCCUGCCAGCAGCAUCAAAUCUCUUAUAUCCCUCCUUCGAUACUCAGCGCAUGAUGCGGAUGUUUUCUUGAAUUUUUCGAAUGAAUUUACGAGUCAGUGUGUGCAUCCAUAUCUGAACCCUCGCACAGAGCAUGACUUGAUUGGGGACCUUGAAGAAACAUUUGCUAAUUGGUAUAAACUGAAAAAGGGAGAGGACGUUGCAGACGUCUGCGGCCACAUAUGCAUGCGCCUUGGCAGGUGCGACAAGGCUCUCAAGUUCCUCCAGGCGAGUGCGGACUUAGAGCCUGAGCGGACUCAUCCGUCGACCUACGUUAAUCUCGCAAGUUGCCACAAGGUCGAAGGCAAACUAGAGGCAGGCAUCAAAUGCUGUGAAAAGGCCCUCCAGAUCGACCCCAACUACACGCAAGCUAUUCAGAUGCUGCGCACGCUGAACAUGUGCAUUAACCCCGCAAAAGUUGCCCUCAUUGGCCUUGGCUACUGGACGCAAUACGAAGCGCUUCCUUUACUCCGUCGGGACACACGACUAAAGAUCGUCGCCGCGUUUGCAUUUAAGCAGGAGGACGUGGCAACAUUGGUUGAGAAGGCCGAGUUGCAAGGAGUCGAGCUUUACAGCGGGUCUCAAGGGCUGUCAUCUUUGUUGGAGAGGUCAGACAUUCAGGCGCUUGUGGUUGACGUCCACAUGCAGCUAAUGAUGUCUUUACUCCCCCGCGUGUUCGCCGCGGGCAAGCACCUCUUGACUCGGUCUCCCUUGCAGAUGAGCCUUUCCUCGGCAGCUGCGCUUCUAGACAUAUACAAGCCUUACUGCAACUCAGUAGUGUGGCAUGCAGUUGAGAACAACAGACAAGAAGAAGCGUUCGUGGAGGCAGCUGCCAAGCUUGCAACCUUGGGGAGAGUGACUUCGGUGUCCUUUAGAUGUGGAACGGACACUGCUCUGAAGUACAAAUUCUCAACUGCGCCAUACGACAUCAAACAUCACAUGGCGCUCGAUCUGCUGCGCUGUGUGACGGCUCUCCGUCAAAUAACGGGCCUCCAAAUGAGCUCACUGUCUGCAGUGGCAAAGGGAGACCAUGCUCCCUGCUGCGGCAGUCCCUCUAGCCAGCUCGAGGAUAAGCCAGACAAAAUUAAAAAUACGAGACUUCGUCGCGAAUAUGCAAGGUUGAGCGGGUGGCUGACCUUCGUGAAUCCCAGUUCACAUCAGAGUGUCCUCGGAUCCUUUGUAAUCAGCCACUGUGUAGGCGACAAUUCACUGACCUAUAAGAUCAAUUGCUUGAGAGGCACAAUGAAACUGACAAAGGCAUCGUCUUGUUGGCGCAUCGACAUUACGGGCGAGAAAGUCCCUGGUGGCACGAGCUUUGCUGUACAGAGCAUUGGGCACCAGAACUGCCACGACGCCUUUGCAGAAGAGCUCUAUGAGAAGCUCCGGUCUACUGAGAAAAGUACAGGGGGAGCAAAUUCUGAAGAAGGACCGACACUGGUUGAUAUAUCCAUCAACGGGGCACUCGCUGAUUCCGCAAUCAUUGAGGGCAUACUCGCAUCUAUGCAGAACGACGGGGCUCCAGCUCGUUUUGGCAGCCCUGUAUCUGAAGCUGUUGAAGGUCACAAAAAGAUGGACAAAAAAUCAGCCUCUCUCCGGAGCGUGCAUUGCUAUGAUUCUACAACGGUGGCUUGA